AUGGAUAAGAUUUGCGACCUUUUUAGCUUCAAACAACGUAAUUCUUCAAUGUAUUAUGCUGCUGCAAAUGGUCUAGCUGAAGCAUUUAACAAGACCCUGUGCAAUCUGUUUAAUAAGGUCAUCUCCAAAUCUAAAAGAAAUUGGCAUGAUAGAAUGGGAGAAGCUCUUUGGGCAUAUCGAAUGACUCAUCGCAUGCCGAAUCAAGCAACUCCUUAUUCUCUUAUUUUUAGAACUGAAGCAGUCCUUCCACUUGAACGACAACUACCGUCAUUAAGGCUUGCCAUCAAAGAGGGACUUACUGAAGAAGAUAAUGCUCGUCCGAGCCUUGAAGAUUUAGAAGCUCUUGAUGAGAAUAGGUUGGAAUCUCAACAAAGUCUUGAAUUUUAUCAAGCUCAUCUUUCUUGUGCAUUCAAUAAAAAGAUUGAAGAUAUCGAAGUUAUCCUUCCAACAAAAAAAGAAGCUCACUAUUCCGAUACUCCUACUCUAUGUACGAACUUUCUUCUACAUGUGCGCAAAGCUGAAGAUAUCGAAAGAUUCAAGCACGCAGAUUUUGACUCAACUUCGAACAUAGAUUUGUGA